GUCACAAACCACUAGAGUGGGGACCCUACUGUAAUAACAUAACCUAAAUUAACUAGAAAGUAAAAUAAUAAUAAUUGUUUGUAGAAAAGACUACUUUUUUUAAUGGCAAAUAUGAAUAGUCCUACAAAUACUGAGAACUUUACAUUAGAAGACUGCUUUAAAAAUAUCGUUGAAGGAAAACAACUUGAAUUGGACUUGAAUACUUUGAAUAGAAUAUUGAAGAAAAAUUUACAAGUGAAUUUCAAUUUAUUGAAGCCUAAACUUCGAACUAUUCUACCUUUUAUGCUGAUACACUUCAUAAAAUCUUGGCCAGGAUGGCUAAAAAGCAGUAAUUAUUUCAACAAACAAAUAACUUUGGAAAAUUGGUUUGAAAAAUUCAAAGAAUACUUGAUUUUCAAGGUGAAUUACGUUAUCAAAAACGAUUAUGAUAAAGCUGUGGCUAUGUUGAAAAAAAAUCGUCCCGAGGAAGAUUGUGUUUUGAAAAACGAUAACAGUACUCAGACUCCUGUAAUUGGAGAAAAACCAUCAUCUCCAUUUUCAAUUGAAGUGUGUGGACCUGCAAAAAUAUUGAAUUCCUUAGUUUUUUGUGAAAGUGCAGAAGACAGCAUUUUGAUAAAAGAGUAUCGUGUUAACAGUUUAUGGAAUCAGAUGCUGACUACCAAACAGUUGAUCAAUUGGCCAUGUAUUGAAGUCGAAUUCAAGUCCCAAUACCUGCAUUUCAGAAGGAGCAACAGCCAUACCUUCAAGAGAUGCUUGACAUUCAGCACCGAAAAGAUAUUUUUCAAAAAAUCUGAUUCUUUCAUAGAAGAAAUUGAUAUUUUAGACAAUAAAAUUGAAAGACAAGCAUACACUCUCAAUGCUAUCAAAGAGUACUGUAAUUGUUACAUAAAAGUACUGAGAAAUCAUCAGGUUAUGUUGGAUUGGUCUGAGGCUCGUCUCAAGGAAAUUGAAAUAAUUCUCGAGGACUUCAUUUUAGAUAUAGGCGACAUAGGCAUGGAUAGCAUGGCAACAAAUACCUCAGUACUGUUCAACAUUGGAAACUCCAUUUAUGCCAGGAAUAAAAGUAUUAAAACAAGUGAUCAAGCCGUAUGUUUCACAGAAUGCAUAACGCCAAAACUCUUGAUGUCGCUGAUAAGUUUCACUGGGAUCAAGGAUACAACUAAGUGUUUACCGUUUGAUGACAUGUGGACCAUUAGCCCGAGCAACCUGAACAGCCUACUUCCAACUAUUAUUUAUACAUGCACUUUCUGUCAAACGAGUUACAGUAAAUUCUGUGAUAUAUGGACUCAUUUAGAGAGCCAGCAUAUUAUGGAACAACCGGUGUUGUGCUUCAAGUGCAAGCUACAGUUCAAUAUAACGAACCUUUCAGAAUGUAGAUGGCAUCACCAGUGUCAAAAAGUGUCAGGUGUGGGAAAGAAAAAAAAAUGAUCGGUUUAUUUCAUAAUGUUGAUAUGUAUGUAAUUUUUUUAUUUUUCAUAUUUUGAAUAAAUC